AUGGGCAUUGAGGCAAGCGCAUUGCCAGACCAUACGUAUUGGGAUGUGCUCAAGCUGGCAAACGUGCUGGAUCUCCACGAGUUGGAGAUUGACUCCGAAGAUGAUAGACCGGUCAACCAGAAGAAAAUUAGGGUGGAGCACACCACAAUCUCCGCCGGCAAAGACCUCCCUUCGGCUGUCCGCCAGGGGUUUGUGAGCAUUUCUGGUGCUGAGGCGAGGAUGUUGGAGCACGUCAGGGAUUUUCAUGCGCAGUACGUUGAGUACUACCCGGACAGGUUCCACCUGUUGCUGGACCCCCCCAACGAGUGUGGUGUGCGCAAGUUCGUGUGCACCACUGUGCGCCCGAGCAAGCUGUCCUUCACAGAGCUGUACGACCUCGAACCGUGUGCAAGAUUCAUCGCAGACUAUCUCGAGUACGAACCGCUGGAGAACCCCAUCAUGCCCCCGGAGUCUAUCCCAAGCCCUUACACAGUCCUUGGGACCUGGAAGGCUGGCGACAGCUUUGACUUCUCAAUAGCGCUGUGUUCUCUGCUCAUUGGCGUCGGAUAUGACGCGUACGUCUGCAUGGGAUACGCACCAAAGGAGAUUACAGAGAAUGAUCAGACACGGGACACGUGCCCGUUGCUUGAACGCGAGGCUGCAGCUGCUGCCGCCGCCGCAGAGGACGCGCUGAAGACUCCACAAAAGAAAAAGGCAGCUCCAAGCAAAUACAAGAUCAAGGAACCGACAGAUUUGACUUGCAAGAUCGACGAAAUGCUCUUGGCUGAGGAAGUGGCAAAAAUGACGCCGCCAGAAUCCAAGGAGUCUGAGGCCCCAGAGAAAUCUUUGACACAGCGUCCUAACUUGGCGACAGCAGAAGACAAAUAUAAUGGCAGGAGGGUGCAUGCGUGGGUGCUAGUGCGCGCGGGUAGUCGGGAAAUGGCGGAGACCGUGUUCAUCGAGCCUACCACUGCGAGAAAGUACCCGAUAGAUGCGUCGCCGUACCUAGGUCUGGAGUAUCUGUGGAAUCACAGCAACUUCUGGGUUAACAUACAGCCCGGGACCAUUCGGCAGGUGCCUGCCAUCAAAAACCUCGACACCAACCUGAAGGACACAACCAAAUGGGAGCCCGUGCGCGCCGGUGUCGAGGAGAUAGAGAUACCUGUCGUGUCCAUGACUGAUCCCGAAGACGUGAACGAGGAAGGGGAUGUGAGCAUAUCGCCCGAGAUUGAUGUGGAACCAACGCUUGAAAUGCCCGCGUCUUGGGUCCCAAAGAUGGUGAUUGCCCAAGAGGACUUUGACACAACCUGCCCAAGGGGUCACAAGACGACGAGGUACCACAGAUGCAUUCACGAGCUAUUUGCUGUGUUUGGGCCCUGCAGUCGGUGGGAUGGUCUUGUUGAGAAGCUGUGCACGUUCUCGGAUGACGCAUGCAAGAACAAGUCCGAGGAGCGGGAGACGUUCAGACGCCGAAAAGACAAGCUGUGCGAGCGCAUCGUCAGACACUCCGAUGAGACCAAAAUUGAGCGUUUCGAACAUGGCAGUGCAUACGGGAUCAAGGAGAUUCGUGAAAUCCCUGAUGUGGAGCGCAAGACGCAUUUUUAUGUGUCAUCGCGCGCCGCAGACCAGCUCGAAACCAGAUAUGAGGUGUUUGGUAAGAGACUGACCGAGACGUUCAGUGGCCGGGACGACCAUAUGGUUUACCGCAGUAUCGUGUACGAUCCGGAGGGAACUCGCCGUCCGAAAAAAGUGAAAUUUGAAGAGCCUCCGCCUGUGAUUGCGAAGAUGACCCAGAAGUUUGAGCUUCCUGUCAAUUCAGCGGUGCCCCCGCAUCAGUGCGUAAGCAAGCGGGUCUUUGAUAUCGCGAAUGAGUCAAUUCGUGUCGACUAUCACUAUGGAUCGGGCUUCAUCACGACGACGCAGAAAUGGUUCUACAAAGAUGGCACGUCCAGUAUCACUUUGGUGAAUCCCAAAGACCCCAAACCCACUGAGAUUGAAAUCCAGGAGGAGUUUCACGCGCUUUGUGUCACUGAGAAGUCGAUCGCGUCGGAGAUUCGGGACGUGGAGAGAGAAAUUAAGGAUAUCGUGAUGAAUCGCGCCAAGGAGGAGAUGGCCAUCGACCUUCUCAGCCCGUAUUUCGACAUUAGCAGGAUCAAAACCGCCGAGGAGAGUGACGACGAGGAGGAAGCAGAACAGGAUGCAGGUUUUGACUACUUGGAGCCAUACAUGCCCCCGAUUAUCCCGGGCCAUGAUUUGACGGUGUCAGAGGCGGCGGAGGCCAAGGAGGGGUGCCUAACGGCACUUAAGGAGCGUCUCAUUGAUCGCGCGAACAUCAUCAAGGGUCGUCUGGAUCGGGAGGAUGCUGCGCUGGUGAAGCGCCGUAAUGCAUUUGAACGCGACCGCGACGUGAUGACCCCCGCGGAGGAGGAGGAAUUCAACCGCGCAUGCGAAGAGAGCACGUUCAGGAUCAACAUCCUCAACCAGCGGUUAGAGCGUCACGAGGAGAUAUCAAAGCGACGAUUCCUGGAGUUGGAUGCCAAGCUCAGGGCAGAUCCAAGACUUGCCGCGCUAUUAUGAUAAUUUUCUGAAACGUCUAAGUGUUACUGUUAACCCAAACUCGCUAGAAGAGCGUCUUGAAUUUCAUGCAUUUCCACAGCGUCGACGCUUUUCCCUGCUUGAUACUUCCCGUCUCCGCGAACCACUGCUCUUCUGUCACCCGCAUGCCCGGUUGCUCCUGGCUGAGGUCGAAGUAGUGCCAGAAGAUGACGCACUCCCACACCCCCUUGAGCCCAGCGAAGUGCAACACAAAGUCGCCCGAAACAUACCACGGCAGGAGCGAGUUGAACACGCACUGGUUAACAAUCUUCGAGUGUGCCCUCACCGUGGCUGCCCCGGGAUAGGGUUUCCGUCCCUUGACGGACUUCUGCCGGGACCACGGGACUGUUUGGAACAG